AUGCAUCAAUUUGAAAGACUGCGUCCAGUCGGACGACUGGAGAAGUACUCCACCGCCCGUCACCAAGUCGGCUUCUACCUGAACGUCGCCGUCACAGCAAACUACAUCCUGCCGACAGGGUUUGGACUUCCAAUCAAGGACGCUGCUCUCCGUGCUUGCGCGGCUGUCGUCGCGGAACAUCCCACGUUAUCUGCUAUUCCGGCGGCGGAUGAUACGCAGGAGCCGUAUUUCGUGCGAUUGCCGACGGUCGAUUUGGACCAGGUCGUGCAGUUUACGUCCCGCGAGCACGGAUUCCCGAAUAAUGUUUCAGGGAAGGAGCCAUCUCCCGAUCAGGACUUGGAAUCAUUACUGCAGGAAGAGCAUAAUUUGCCUUUCGUUGCGCCGAAUGCGUACUGGAGACUUCGUGUUCUUCUUGAUGAGGGAGAUAAGUCCCAAUUCACCGCGGCCUUCGUCUUCCAUCAUGCCCUCGGAGAUGGAAGUUCCGGCAAAACUUUCCAUUUGUCAUUCCUGCGUGCGUUGCAGACGCUUUCUACCACAGGCGUGACUCCGCAUAAAGUGACAAGCCCGCAGACACCAUUGCCCCCAAACAUCGAGGAAAUCCACCCUCUUCCCCUCUCAUUCUGGUACCUCGCGAAGAAAAUCUUCCAAGCGAAGAUUUACUCACCACGAGACCCAGGACUGUGGACUGGAUCCAAGAUCCAGCCACCCACGAGCACACGACUUCGUCUCGUUCCAUUCUCGAAGUUUCUCGUGGAAGGACUGCGGAAAUGCUGUCGCCAGGAAACCACCACAGUCACAGCUCUCAUGCAAACCGUCUUCGCACGCGCACUUUUCGCCCACCUACCAGAAGCAUCCACCCGAGUAAACUGCACAGGUGCAAUUUCCUGCAGACGAUUCCUCCCAGAUAUCAUCACAGACGAAUCGAUAGGCGUGUACGUAGCUGAUAUCGAAGAAUCAUACACCCGUUCCGGCGUAUCCUCGCCCUCCUCCAUCUGGCCCGAAGCGCGACGCUCACGACAAACAAUCGAAGCAGCCAUCGCGCGCCAGGGCGCGGAUGCAGGUCCUAAUCUCCUCAAGUUCGUCAACGAUUACCAGCAAGAACUUUGCUUGUCGAAGAUUGGUCAAGACCGCGAUAAGACGUUCGAGGUAUCGAAUAUCGGUGUUGUGUCGUCGACUGCUAAGCCCGAGGACCCGGCUAUUGGGGGGAUGGUGUUUUCGCAGUGUGCUAGUGUUAUUGGGAAUGCAAUUGGAGUUUCGAUCGUUACCGGUGGUGAUGGAUGUCUUACGCUGGCUAUCACGUGGCAAGAAUGUGUUGUUGAGGAUGGGUUGAUUGAGGAGUGUGUUGGGUUUGUGCGGGAUGAGUUGAGGCGGCUGGCUGGUUGUGCUUGA